AUGGCUCAUGAAACCAAUGGUGAAGCAGUAGUGAGGCUCAUAGAACAGUGUCAAGUAGCUCCACCAUCAGGUUCACUUCCUUCAACCACCCUUCCCCUCACUUUCUUCGAUAUUCCAUGGUUCUUAUGCCGGCCAGUCCAACGCAUCUUCUUCUACCACUUUCCUCAUUCCACUCGUCACUUUCUCGAAUCUACACUUCCUAUUCUCAAACAAUCUCUUUCACUCACACUCCAACACUUCUUUCCUUUUGCCUCUAACAUAGUUGUCCCUCCACAAUUCCAUCUUUCUUAUAUUCGAUACCUUAAUGGUGACUCACUCUCCUUUACUGUUGCUGAGUCUGCGGCAGAUUUCAACCUUCUGGUAUCCGAUUCACCGCAAGAUGUUCGAAACUGGCACCCUCUUGUCCCUACUUUGCCUCCAACACGUACUGAGGAGGAUGGCACACGUGUGAUCCCUCUCAUGGCAAUCCAAAUAACGGUUCUACCAAACAAUGGACUUAGCAUCUGUGUUACUUUCAACCACCUUGCUAGCGAUGGCAAGUCACUUCAUCAUUUCAUGAAGUUUUGGGCCUCAGUUUGCAAGGCAAGAGGGGAUAUGGCUUCUCUUGAAGUCUCUUUGUCAUUUCCUUCCCACGAAAGGGACAAAGUUAAAGACUUCAAAGGACUUAAGCUCCUCUACUUAGAAGAACUUCAAAUUCGUGAUCAGGCGAAAAACAUGGAGUUUAGAGAGCUAGCGAAAGAUGUUUUGACUAACAAGGUACGGUUCACUCUAGUGUUGAGUCGUGAAAAAGUUGACAAACUAAAGAAAUGGGUCACUCUUAAAUGUGCUAACCACGAUUCUGUGCCAUUGCACAUAUCAACCUUUGUGGUGACAUGCUCCUUGAUUUGGGGUUGCAUGAUAAAAUCAAAGGUCAACGGAGACAACUACGAUGGAAGAGAAUGUGAUGAUCUUUGCAACUUGGUGAUUCUAGCGGAUUGUCGUGAUCGUCCUGAAUUUUCAUUACCUUCAACGUAUUUUGGGAAUUGCUUAGUUUCUUGCAUUGUGGCAAUUAAGAGGAGUGAGCUAGUGAGAGAAAAUGGUUUCAUUGAGGGGGCAAAUGCUAUUGAAAGACAUGUCCGAGAUUUGAGGAGUGAUGCUUUGAGAAAGGCUGAAACAUUGUUCUCAGACUAUAAAGAAUUGAGAAAACCUUGCAAUUCUGUGUUAGUAGUUGCGGGCUCACCAAAACUGGCCGUGUAUGAGACUGAUUUUGGAUGGGGUAAGCCUAAGAAAUCUGAAGCAGUGCAUAUUGAUUCGUCAGAAUCCAUUUCUCUUUCUGAUUGUAGAGACAAAAAAGGUGGAAUUGAGGUUGGAUUGGCGCUUGAAAGAACUCAGAUGAAUAAUUUCAUCAACAUCUUAGAGGAGCAACUCAAUAAUAUAAUUUCUGAGUGA